AUGUCAAGAAGCCAUCUUACAUUAGAUCAGUACUACGAAAUACAGAAAAAUGAACUGGAAGCAAUUGAAUCCAUUUAUGUGGGAGAUUUUGUCAGUUUGACGAAAAGAAGAUCUGCGUGGGACAAACAGCCACAGCUUAUAUUUGAGAUAACUCUUCGGUCUACAGAUAAAGAGCCCGUCGAGUCAUCUUUAACAUUGCAUAUUACUUUGCCCCCUCUAUACCCACAUACAGCACCAGAGAUCACUUUCAAGAAUGUUAAUAAUGUUAUGGAUCGACAAUUGAAAUCUUUGAGAGAAGGUUUUCAACAGAUACACAGAGAAUCUAAAGGUCAAGAGAUGAUAUUUGAUGUCACAUCUUUAGUUCAAGAAAAGAUGGAUGAAUCUCAACAUUUGGCUAAUACUCAAUCCUUGACAGAUGAAAGAUUGCAGCGUAUAAAGGAAAUUAAAGAGAAAGUUCAGAGAGAAGAAGAAGAAGAGGAACAGCAAAUACAGGAGAAGAAAGUUUACGAUCAACUUAUGAUUGAUGAGAUUGUGAAGAAAGAGCUUGAAAAAAGGCAAAUUGAUGAUGACAAUGCUUUGUUCAAUCCUGGGACGUCAAUCGAUCUAUUACCUCCACAGGAAUGGACUAAUACUGGUCAAGCAAUAGUUUUCAAUGAGAACAUCAAGGCCAAGCUACCCAACAAUUCCAUGUACAAAUUCAGGGCCGUGGUCAACCCGAAGUCAGUGACUCUGAGGACAGAUCUGUUCUGCUUUGCCGAGCAGUACCUAGUGAAGCCUUACAUACCACCAGAAUCACCAUUAGCUGAAGGUUUGAUUGCAUCAGAAAUGAUGGAAAAUUUUUGUUAUCUUUUAACGGAAAUUAAGUUUGACAAUGCUUAUUUCAAUACAAGUAAUGGCAAGAAAGCUAUAUCAAAUCUCGAGAAAGAAUUAGAAACCGCGCUGCGAAUAAAUCACGACAAUGUCAAUAAAAUAUACGCAUACACUGUUGACCGAACGAGAAGUAAUAGUUCCACAUUUGUUUGGAAAAUUAGAUUGUUAACAGAGUAUUCGCAUUCAUAUCCAAUUGGUGAAAUCAUUGAAUCGGCAGGAUUUAUCAACUUAGCCACUGCCCGUGUUUGGAUGAUCAGAUUACUGGAAGGAUUGGAGUCUUUGCAUAAAUCAGGCAUGACACACAAGUGUAUAUCACUUCAGACAGUUAGACUAAUAAAGGACGCCGAUUUCGGCACGACAAUUCCCAAGCUGAUGCAUCCGUCCUAUGGAUAUACCAUACUUGAUAUGAUUUCACAUCAUCCUAAUACUAGUGGUCCACCUGUUGAGAUGCCAUGUUGCCCUUGGCAAGCACCUGAACUGGAAAAGUUUCCUAGCAGCAAACCACAGAGAAUGACAGACAUUUGGCAAUCUGGUGUUCUUUUUCUCCAGAUAAUAAACGGAGUUGAUACAGUGUUCAACUAUUCCUCACCUCAGGAUUUCCUCGACUCAACUACCAUGGAUGACAGUCUCCACGACUUCCUAGAAAAGAUGUUAAAAUUGGAUGGCAAGAAGCGUCUAUCUCCGUUGGAACUACUACCUAUGAGAUUUUUGAGAACAAAUAUCGAUCCCUCCCUUAACAAGUUUGCCUUGGGUCAGGGCAGCAGCACAGUGUUAGCAAGAAAAUCUUUUUCAGAAUCAUUGAGUGUCAAAUCGAGAACUGCCUCACAGUCUAGUGGACGGCGCAGAUCCUUCAACGUAGGAUCGCGAUUCUCUUUUACAAACCCUGCUGCUCGUUCUAGGUAUGCUACAGAUUUUGAGGAAAUAGCAGUACUUGGUGAAGGUGCAUUCGGUCAAGUUGUCAAAGCUCGCAAUACCUUGGACAGCAGGUAUUAUGCAGUCAAAAAAAUCAAGCACACAGAGGAAAAGCUUUCUACUAUUCUUAGUGAGGUCAUGCUUCUUGCAAGUUUGAACCAUCAAUACGUCGUCCGUUACUACGCAGCUUGGUUGGAGGAAGAUUUUGAUGACUCAGUGUUCGAUGAAGAGGAUGAUGAGACUUCUGAAGACGUUGAAGAAGACAGCUCGGAGCUAUUGUACAAUGAUUCGAGCUUAUACAGAAAUAAUACGAUAGGAGACGUUGACAACAGUGGUUGGGAUUUCAUUUCAGGAUCAGGAUAUCCUGAGAUCGAAUUUGCAAACAGUGGGGUCAAUCAAGAGGGCACCAACAAUGACGAUGACGAUGAUUCCUCGAGUACGAAUAGUGAGGACAAAUCAAGCAGCGAAAGUGAGAGUGGCUCAGGUUUGAUCAUGAGACCCUCCGCUCAGAUCAAGAGGCAAUCGUCAACCAAUAGAAAGAAAAAGAGUACACUGUUCAUCCAAAUGGAAUACUGCGAGAAUAGAACCUUGUACGAUUUAAUCAACACUGAAAAUCUCAAUAAGCAACGCGAUGCAUACUGGAGGUUGUUUCGUCAGAUUCUAGAGGCACUCAGCUACAUUCACUCGCAAGGUAUUAUCCACAGAGAUUUAAAACCAAUGAAUAUUUUUAUUGAUGAGUCAAGGAAUAUCAAAAUUGGUGAUUUCGGAUUGGCAAAAAACGUCCAUAAAUCACUUGACAUCCUGAGACAGGAUUCACAGUCUCAGGCUGGAAGUACUGACAACUUGACUUCCGCAAUCGGUACUGCGCUAUAUGUGGCCACUGAAGUUCUUAGCGGAAAUGGGCAUUAUAACGAGAAAAUUGACAUGUACUCCUUGGGAAUCAUAUUUUUUGAGAUGAUUUAUCCUUUCAGUACAGGUAUGGAACGAGUAAAUAUUCUCAAAAACUUAAGGUUGCCAACAGUUGAGUUUCCCGCUGAUUUUGAUGAGGCAAGGCUCAAGACGGAAAAGAGUAUCAUAAAACUACUACUGGAGCACAAUCCCGACAAGAGACCCGGAGCUCAGGCAUUGCUUAACAGCGGUCGUUUGCCGGUAAAGCAUCAAGAUGAAUCUAUGAAAGAGGCGCUCAAGAGUUUGGCUAGUCCAUCUUCACCCUGGCAGCAGCAGGUGAGGGAGACGCUUUUCUCUCAAGCGUAUAGUUUAACAAACGACAUACUGUACGAUAAUGUUCAGUCAUGCACUACACCUUUUGCUCAAAUAUUGAGAUCGAAAAUGACAGAGGAGGUUGUGAAGAUUUUCCGAAGGCAUGGUGGAGUUGAAAACAACGAACCGCCUCGCUUAUUCCCCAAGGCGCCUAUUUAUGGUACCCAAAAUGUCUAUGAAGUGCUAGACAAGGGAGGUACUGUACUUCAGUUACAAUACGAUUUGACUUAUCCAAUGGCUAGGUAUCUGUCGAAAAACCCUAACUGCGUAUCAAAGCAGUUCCGUUUGCAGCAUGUUUAUCGUCCCCCAAGUCAUUCUAAGUCAUCCGUAGAGCCUAAAAAAUUUGGUGAAAUUGAUUUCGAUAUAAUUUCGAGUUCGUCAGCAGAUUCACCCUACUACGAGGCGGAAAGUAUCAAGGUGAUCGAUGAAAUUUUAACCGCUUUUCCCCAUUUUGAGAAAACGAACACUGCUAUAGUACUUAACCAUGCUGACAUAUUGGAAAGCGUGUUCAAUUACGCGAAUAUUGACAAAGCUCAACGAUCUUUUGUUUCCCGGUCCUUGUCGCAACUUGGCUUUGCCAAGUCCUUUAAGGAAAUAAAAAGUGAUCUCAAGUCGCAAUUGAACAUAUCCUCAACCGCUUUGGAUGAUUUAGAGCUAUUUGAUUUUCGAUUGGACUUUGAGGCGGCUAAAAAGAGGUUACAUAAAACCAUGGUCGAUAGCCCUUACUUGCGUAAAGUUGAAGAAUCGCUACAAUAUAUUUUAAAAGUUAUCAAUUUCCUCAAACCUUUGGAUGUGACUAGAAAUAUUAUUAUUGCACCACUGAGUAAUUAUAAUAGUGGAUUUUACCGGGAUGGUAUCAUGUUUCAAGCAGUCUACGACGACGGAUCUUCAAGGAGCCUUGUUGCGGCGGGCGGAAGGUACGAUACUUUGAUUGCCUACUUCUCUCGUCCCUCCGGUGAUAGAGGUAAUAAUACUCAAAGAGCAGUGGGAUUCAAUCUGGCAUGGGAGACCAUCUUUGGCAUAGCACAAAGCUACUUCAAGCUCGCGAAAGGAAGCAAGGUCAAGAAGCGUAAUAAAUUUCUGAAAGACUCGGCGAUCGACUGGAAACCCAGUAGGUGUGAUGUAUUCGUCUCAUGUUUCUCAAAUUCUAUUUUGAAUACUCUUGGCGUUGAAAUCAUAAGCCAGUUGUGGAAGAAGGGAAUUUCCGCUGAUUUCUUGCGGAAUUGUUACACAGUCGAUGAUGUCGUUUCUGGAGCACAAAGAGACGGUGUAGAAUGGAUAAUUCUCAUCAAGCAGCAAACCUACACAUUGCCCAAUCACAAGAGGAAAUACAAGCCCCUGAAGGUCAAAAAGUUGGGCAGUGACAUGGAUGUGGAUCUGAGCUUGGAUGAGUUCUUCACUCUCUAUCACCAAGAAACGGGAACAGACAACCUUCUCAACGAGCACUCUCCAAUAGGCGAUGGUAUCGAUGAAGCUAAGAGAUGGGAUGACGGUAGUAGUGGAGGUGGUAGUCAGAAAGGCGAGGAAGACGAAAUCGUUGCAGGUCCGACGAAGCAGAAGGUCGUGUACGUGCCGAACCCUGCCACAAGGUCAAAAAAGGCCAGUAAACGGGAAAAAUGGGUAUACGAGGACGACGCCAGAGAUGCUGCUACCUCAAUUGUCAAUAGCCUGGUUACCGCACCUGUCAUUACGGUUGAUGUGCUUCGCAAUGAGACUUUAGAGAUGAUCUCGAUCACCUCACUGAACCAAAAAGAUGAAUGGUUAAGAAAGAUUAUUGGUACUGGUAGCAACUCUACGCCGAGAAGCUUCGCCACCAAUAUCUACAACAGUUUGUCCAAGGAGGCGGCAAGAGGAACUAAGUGGGCCAUCAUUUUCUGUCAAAAGACUGGUAAAUCAUGCGUUACUGAUUUGCAAAGAUGA